AUGGGCCGGGACAAGCGGGACGGGGCUCUAGGAACACGGGGCACAGGCAGAAGGUCCCAGAGACCUGGGGGAGCAUCGGGCCACGCGCGCAACGGAAGGCCCCGCCCCCGGCAUGUCCCACCCCACUUCCCGAUCCUUCUGUUCGGAGCGGCCCCGGCCGGGACGCGCUCUUCCCUUAGGAAACGCAACCUCCUCCUGGCACCAGGGAAGCCCAGCAUGAAUGGUGCCUGUGCUGCUGGGACAGACUGGGCAAGGAGGCAGGAGGCCACUUUCUCUGUGGAGCACACACCACUAGCAGUCCCUGAGGCAGAAGACAGUAAGGUGGUGCUAGGAGGUCACAGCCCUGCUGCACUGCCCAGGCCUGAGGCUUCAGACUCUGACUGCCCACACCCUGCCUGCCCAGUCAGCCCCCAGCUCAGCAGCAUGCUGCCUGCUCCUGAAGAGACCCACAGCUGCCACUGCCCGGACGGCAGCAAGAGGCAGGCAGAGUACUUCAGCAGCCAGGAGCGCCACGGCUGCAGCUCUCUGUCCUCCGGCAGCAGCUCCCAGCCGGCAGCUCCGGAGAAGGUGACGCUGGUGGUGGACGGCACCCGCUUUGCAGUGAACCCCCAGAUCUUCACUGCCCACCCUGACACCAUGCUGGGAAGAAUGUUUGGCCCAGGAAGGGAGUACAACUUCACCAGGCCAAACGAGAAGGGGGAGUAUGAAAUCGCGGAGGGGAUCAGCUCCGCCGUGUUCCGCACCGUGCUGGACUAUUACAAGACAGGAAUCAUUAACUGCCCUGAUGGGAUUUCCAUCCCAGACCUGAGGGACACCUGUGAUUACCUCUGCAUAAACUUUGAUUUCAACACAAUCAAAUGUCAAGAUUUAAGUGCUCUGUUGCAUGAGCUCUCCAACGAUGGUGCUCACAAGCAGUUUGACAGCUACCUGGAGGAGCUGAUCCUGCCUAUAAUGGUGGACAGUGCCAGGAAAGGGGAGAGGGAGUGCCACAUCGUGGUGCUGACAGAUGAAGACACAGUGGACUGGGAUGAAGAUCAUCCCCCUCCAAUGGGAGAGGAGUACUCACAGAUCCUUUACAGCUCCAAGCUCUACAGGUUCUUCAAGUACAUCGAGAACCGGGACGUGGCCAAGGCGGUGCUGAAGGAGCGGGGCCUGAAGAACAUCCGCAUCGGCAUCGAGGGGUAUCCCACGUGCAAGGAGAAGGUGAAGAGGAGGCCUGGAGGCCGCUCAGAGGUGAUCUACAACUAUGUGCAGAGGCCCUUCAUCCAGAUGUCCUGGGAGAAGGAGGAGGGCAAGAGCCGCCACGUCGACUUCCAGUGCGUGCGGAGCAAAUCCCUGACCAACCUGGUGACAGUGGGGGAUGAUGUCUCAGAGGACCACGAGGUUAUCAUGCAUCACCCCCCACAGGUGGAUGAACUCGACAGGCUCAAUGCCCCCUUCUCCCAAAUGGCUGUUAACGACCUGCCAGAUUAGUGGUGGCUCCCAGGGGGUUUGUCCUGCUUUGAGGUGGGGACCUCUCAGCAAGGGAGACUCUGCCCCAGGUGCUUUCUCCUCCUUCCUGCUCUCACUGCAGUCUCAUAUUCCAAGCAUGUCAAUAAAGGGCAACACUUCAUAGUCUUAAAUUGUGCAAUCCAAAGUGACAUCUCCUCAAAGACAAAGGAACUCUGCUGCUUGGUUCUACUCCAAAGGCUUCCAAGGUUGCUGGGUGCUGAGUAUUUUCCCUAUGCUUCCAAAAGAGGAGCAGAAAGAAGCCUUCAGGAACGUCCUGGGUUGCCAAUGAGAGAGAGGAGAUCCUGAGCCUGUCAAGACAAAAGCUUUUCCUUCACCAUUUGGAACACUUAGCUUUGCUUUUGUGAUAAUCAAGCUACAAAGGACCCAACAUCAAAGCAGGACAGAUGCUGCUCUUUCAUCAACCAGCAGAAAUG